AUGACACUCAGGUCUCGCCCGCACCAUAAAACGACAGAUCGCAACCAGCGCGGAAAGAAAUGCUGGGCUGGAUGCUGGUUCAUUGUGCAGAUAUUUCUCCGGCACCGUGCAGACGUCGAUACACGAGGCGGAGCAUAUGGCAAUGCUCUUCAGGCUGCAUGCUCAAGAGGCCACUACCAUAUCGCGAAGACUCUCCUCAACGCAGGCGCGGAUGUUAACAGAGCAGGCGGCUUCUAUUAUAACGCUCUCAAUAGCGCGUGUUUCAUAGGCAGUGAAGAGACUGUGAGGCUGCUUCUUCAGCAUGGUGCGCUAGUAAACGCACAGGAUGAUAGAUAUGGGAACGCGCUCCAGGCAGCUUCUUCAAGAGGGCAGCAUGGUAUUAUAAAAAUUCUCUUGCAACAUGGCGCAAAUGCUAACGCAAAAGGCGGUCAUUAUGGCAACGCCCUUCGAGCUGCAAUCUCGGAAGGCCACACAGCAAUCGUGUGGACGCUCCUUAGACAUGGAGCAGAUGUCAACGCAAAAGGCGGUCAUUGUGGUAACGCUCUUCAGACCGCAUCCUCAAAAGGUCUUGUAAUGAUCGUAUGGAUGCUGCUCCACUAUGGCGCAGACGUCAACACACGAGGCGGGUAUUAUGGCAACGCUCUUCAGGCUGCAAGCUCAGAAGGCCACGCAACAAUGGUGUGGACGCUUCUUCGCUUUGGAGCGAAAGUCAACGAGCCACGCGGUCAUUAUGGCAACGCUCUUCAAGCCGCAUCUUCGAAAGGUCUUGUGAUGAUCGUACGGAUGCUUCUCCACGACGGUGCGGACGUUAACAUACGAGGCGGUCCUUAUGGUAACUCCCUUCGAGCCGCAAUUUCGGAACGGCACACAGCAGUUGCAUGGAUCCUUCGCCUCAAUGGCGCAGCUGUCAACGCUUAA